UCACCAGAUCCUGGCUGGUGAUUCCCCACCGGCACCUGGCAAUCUCCGUGUAUCACUGACGGGGAGAGACCUACAUGCUGCUUUGUAUCUCUCUGCACAGCAGAGAGAUACAAAGCAGCAUGUCUCCCAAGUAAAGCAGCACACAAUGUAAAACACACACAGCACACAGUUAACCCUUUGAUAGCCCCAGAUGUUAACCCCUUCCUGCCCAGUGUCAUUAGUACAGUGUCAGUGCUUUUUAUUAGCACUGAUCACUGUAUUGGUAUCACUGGGGAUCUCAGUGACAGUUAGUCAGUUCCCACCCAGUGUCAGAAUGCCCACUGCAGUCCUGCUAUAA